UCCAAGAUGGCGGCGCCUAUGGCGAAGUCGUGAUCCAGAGAAACAGGUCAUUUAUAGUAUAUCUAAAAGCUGGCUAUGACAUUCAUGACAUGGAAUAUUGGAAUUAUGUCAUUACGACCAUAACGCCGAAAUAAAGGACCUGGAAAUAAAACAGUGACAGAACCAUGCAGGUGUCAGUGAGAAGGCUGGCUCUGUAUCCACUGGGUGUUGCCCGCUCUGGCCAAAUCAAUGCUACUCUCCUGAACCCAAGAGCCCGCCUCCGGUCCCCCAGCACCCGCACCCUGUUCAGUGAGACGGGAGUAUGGGAGAAGGAUUAUAAAACAGAGACCCGACGCAGAGUGGAAGAAUGGUGGCACCCACGAAUUAUGGCACAGUGGCGGAAGGAUGCACUGGAGGAGAGUUCCAACAGGAAGAAGUUUUAUGUCCUCUCCAUGUUUCCGUACCCCUCGGGGCGACUGCACAUGGGCCACGUGCGAGUGUAUACCAUCAGUGACACCAUCGGCCACUUCCAGAGAAUGAGAGGCCAUCAGGUGUUGAAUCCGAUGGGUUGGGAUGCUUUUGGACUUCCAGCCGAAAAUGCAGCCAUUGAGAGAGGUCUCGACCCAGAGGAGUGGACUAAAAGUAAUAUCCAGUCCAUGCGGGAGCAGCUGGACAGCCUCGGCCUUUGCUUCAACUGGGACCGGGAAGUAACCACUUGCCUUCCAGACUACUACAGGUGGACGCAGUAUCUCUUUAUCAAGCUCUUUGAAGCAGGACUGGCAUAUCAGAAAGAGGCUGUGGUGAACUGGGACCCUGUUGAUCAGACAGUGCUGGCUGAUGAGCAGGUGGAUGAAAAUGGUCGCUCCUGGAGGUCUGGCGCCCUGGUGGAGCAGAAGCUGCUCACACAAUGGUUCAUCAAGACUACAAACUAUGCUAAGCCUCUCCUUGACGCCCUGGAAGACCUUCCAGAGUGGUAUGGUGUCAAAGCCAUGCAGGGAAACUGGAUUGGAGAGUGCACCGGCUGCUACUUCGAUUUCAAACUCAAGGUGGACGGGGAGGACACAGGGGAGACCCUGUCAGCCUACUGCUCCUCCCCAGAGGCGGUGUUCGGAGCGGCUUACCUGGCCAUUCUGCCCUCCCACAGACUGCUGCAUGGGAGCAGCUCAGUCCGCUCGGCCCUGGAGAAAGCCUUUCAGCCAGGCAGAGACUCCCUUACAAAGGUCACCGCUUGCAACCUGUUCACCAGCCACGAGGUUCCCUUGGUCAUCUCACAAAAGGAGGCGUUUGAUGGCUAUCUGGAUACCGUGAUCGGUAUCCCAGACUGUAGUGUGGAGGAUUUGUCUGUAGCCAAAACUCUGAAUCUGAGGUGGACCACAGUGCUUAAAAGUGCCGAAGACGGGACACAAACUCUGAUCAACUCUGAGGAGUUCUCAGGCCUCACCAAAGAGCAGGCAUUUGACUCCAUUACCCAGAAGGCCAGAGAGCAGAAGAUCGGUGGCCACAUUACCAGCUCCAAGCUCAGGGACUGGUUGAUAUCAAGGCAGCGGUACUGGGGCACACCCAUCCCUGUGGUGCAUUGUGGGUCUUGUGGUCCAGUUGCUGUCCCUGAGGAGCAGCUGCCAGUUACAUUACCAAAGCUGCCGUCUCUCAAAGGAAAGGGUGUGUCGCCACUGGAGGCUGCUCAUGACUGGGUCAACUGCAAAUGUCCCAGAUGUAAGGGCCCAGCGAGGAGGGAGACUGACACCAUGGACACAUUUGUGGACUCUGCCUGGUAUUACUUCAGAUACACAGACCCCCAUAACCCAGACAGGCCUUUUGAGCGCCGCCUAGCGGAUCACUGGCUCCCUGUGGAUGUGUACAUCGGAGGGAAAGAGCACGCUGUCAUGCACUUGUACUACGCUCGCUUCCUCUGUCACUUCUGCAAGGAUCAAGGUCUUGUUGCUCACAGGGAGCCUUUUUGGAAACUGCUGGUCCAGGGUCUGAUCAAGGGCCAGACUUUCAAACAGGCAGACAGCGGCCAGUACCUAAAGAGAGAAGAAAUAGACUUCUCAGAAAAGGAGCCGGUGGUGCGUGGCGGUGGUCGUAUUGAGGUGACGUGGGAGAAGAUGAGCAAGUCUAAACACAAUGGUCUGGACCCCCAAGAGGUGGUGCAGCAAUACGGCGUGGACACAGUUCGACUCUACAUCCUUUAUGCCGCACCACCUGAACAGGACAUCCUCUGGAAUGUCAAGACGGAUGCCCUCCCUGGUGUUCUGCGAUGGCAGUCUCGGCUCUGGCAGCUGGUGACCAAGCUGAGGGGGGCUCGGCAACUCGGAGACGUCCCCAGCCCCUCCCUGCUGAAAAAGAAAGAGCUGGCAGAGACCAAGAAGAUCUGGGAGAACAAGAACUACGCUAUUCAAGAGGUGACAUCUCACUUCACAGAGGACUUCCUCUUCAACGCAGCCAUUUCUCGGCUGAUGGGACUUACCAAUACACUAAGUAGUGCAACGGUCAGGGUGGUGCAGCACAGUGUGGAGUUUGAGGAAGCUCUGGCUGCGAUGGUUAUGAUGACCGCACCCAUGGCCCCUCACCUGGCUUCUGAACUUUGGGCAGGUCUUUGCCAGGUGAAAAACCCCCUCAGCCCCCUCCUCCAGCGGGGCGGAGACGUCCUGCAACAGUUCUGGCCGACUGUGGACCCUGAGUACCUGAAAGUCCCUGACUUAGUGGAGCUGUCUGUACUGAUAAACAACAAGGCCUGUGGGACAGUGAAUGUGCCACUGCAGGUGUCCAAAGAUCCGGAGCAGGUGCAGCAGUUCAUUGUGGAGAGCCCAUUCGGACAGAAGCUUCUUGGCGAGCGCAGCAUCAAGAGAGCCAUCCUCUCCCCCAGGACCGCCCUCAUCAACUUCCUUAUUGAUGAGUAAUUGGGCAUUCACUGCUACUUUCGUAACUGCUAGACAAUGGUGAAUGCCUGUCAAUCAGUGACUCAACACGGAGAGAGAGACAAAAGAGGUGGACUUUUAUAUAAAUUAAGAAAAAAGUGAUAGGAUAAAAGUAUGUUUACUGUCAAUGUAAAUAGGUCUAAAGAUAUUUUUUUUAUAUCUUCCUGUUUUUUAAUAAAAGAUUCAAGAAGCAUUUGGGUUUCUAGUCUCUUUAAAAAAUUCCCAAUGGAGAUUUAGCACCUAUUUCUGUCUGUUUCAGAUCAUCCUCCCGUUUAGUUAGAGCCUCUUGACAAUCACACGAGCACAAACACCACUUCAGAUUCCAGUCAUCCUUCAGAUUCCCCUUUUCUCCCGUAUCAGUACUUUCAGCAUCACACCCAGGACCACAACUGCACACGUCUCCGUCUGCCUGUCUGCUUGGCGUCUCGGCUGAACGCAGUCUAGAUCUGCCUUAUUGUAUUGUAUUUCUCUACCUCUGCUGCUGCUUUUAGCCGCAGAUCUCUUCUGCACCAUAAACGGAUACACGUUUGACUUCUGGCCAUGCCACUGUGCUCUGUGAACACUGUUGCCAUCAAAAGGUUUAUUGGAGGUCACUGAAGAGCCUGAUGUGGUUGGGGAUUUUUCAAAUUACCACCAUAUCACGGUUGUCCAUUGCUGCACUGUGCCUAUUCAUCAACUCGGUGUCUCUGUCUCAGCAUUGGGCUAACAUGACUCAGCCAUCAGCGCUGUCUUGGCAGAGCAGCAGCAGCACUGAAAUGUAUCCAUGUGUGUACACCCACUGGCCUUUCUUUAAAGGUUUGGUGAGUAAGCACUUAUUUGAUAUGUACAAGCACUCGCAUUGCCCACGUCACCUGUAAACCAAGAUUUUCAGUAGCUGCUUAACAAAAGCCUCCGAUUUUGUCUGGUAUCAGUGUUUGAAUGAACAAGAAGGAAUGUGAUCUCUUUGAAAAGUGAGAUACAUGUGUGGGUUUUGCAAGGUCAGCUUCCAUUUGAGCAAGUGGUUUUAUUUUUAUAGAAUCAGAUGGUCAGCUUGUGACUGAUAAAAUCAUUCUGUAUCACGUUAUGUAAGGUAAUAGAGGGUUUGUUUUUCAUUAAAACAUGAAUAAAAGGUGCAGACAGAGGGAAAAACAGCAUUCCUCACUGAUACCCGUAACCUUUUUUCCAUUUUUCUAUGCUCUAUCUCUGACCAUCAGGUGACAGGAAAAGGCUCACAGGAGAGACAGAAUAACAGGAAGAGAAACCAGGAAUAAGAGGAGGGGAGCAAAGCCAACACUGUGUGUAAUUCUCUGUAUUGUCUCAGAUUCUGUGAAUUUGAUCUCAACCAGAUUCUGCUAUAGCAAAGAAACAAAGUGGUUGUGUGAGUACUAGACAAAGAUAGUGGUGCAUUUUGUCUUCUGUCAACUAAUUUUUGUGUGCCAUGUUAUCUUUCACACUUUCAGACUGGCUGUAUGAAAUAGAUUCAUGGGAGGUAGUGUUUAACCCCUGAUCUCUUCCUCUUUUUGUGUUAUUGCUGCAGUAUUUCACACCUUCCUGUCCACUCUACUUGCUAGUAACACCAGCUAAUAAACGGGUCUGAACCUUAUCUGGCCUGAACAAUAAGCUGAAGUUGCAGAGUCUGAAAAGAGCAACAUUGUAGUCAUUUUAGGUGACUGUCAGAAAUGCCAGGAUACACCUCCCAGACUUAAGUUACCACACAAUUGAAUAAAUAGAUAAGUAGGAUAAUUCUGAACUGUGUUUUCAGCAAAAUGAGGUCUGAGCUGAACUGAUGCAUUUCUUCUAAUAAUUAAUGUUGUCACCAACAACCCCUGGAGUCAUUUAACACUUUUCGUCAGCUCUGCAGUUUCCAUGACGACUAGGAUUAUUGAAUAGGCAACAGAAUUCAACUAUGACUCACUUUCUCUUCAGACUACAGUUGUCGUCCUUCUUACACAUGAGAUGUACAGCAUGAAUUGUCUUUGACAAGUUGAAGAAAAUCACUUCCCUUUAUCCUGAGAAACUCUUGGUAAAAAAAAAAAGAAGGGUGGAGUGCACAGCAGUCACAGUCACCCUCCAUUGCACCAGUUGAGUCCCUGGACUGGGCUGUGUGUUCUCACAGGGGGAUGCAGUAAUGCCACAGCUCAUUAUCUUGAAGGCUGACCUCAAGGCUGGUAAUUUGGUCAUCCGUGGAUUUUUUUCGUGUUUGAGCCCAUUGUAUAAGCAGGCUUUCACUAGUCCUUUUAUUGUUUUGGGGAUAAAGCUAAACUUUUGGCAUGUAUGUGAAGGCACCACACUUGCCAAAGGUAUUCAUUUAUUUGUGUGUCCAAUGCUGUUCACAAGAACACUCACAUCUGUCUCAAUGUAUACAUUUAUGUUUGCAUAAACUGUAUGUAGUCAUGACUGUAGAUAAAGUUGUAUAAAAGUAA